AUGUCGCCCUUCCGGUAUUCCAAAGUGAGCAGCGAAAGCUCCCAAGACAGUUCUCUUGAGAAUCAACGCAUACCUCCUCGGCGAAAUAGGUGCUGUUCAAUCUUUGAAAAGUUGGAAUUUCUCCGUUGGCCUGUCACAUUCUUCUUGUUAUUCACCAUAUUGUUAUGCGAACUGUCCAUGCUUCAAAAUCGACCAAAAGCAGUACUAGUAGGAACGGAUUUCAAUAGCAUUGUUCCUGUUUUUUCGACCGAGAAGAAGAUCUUUCGCAGCGACAAGAGAUUCAGAUCCGACCACAAGACAAUGGAAUCUGUCAACAAAACAAAAAAAGAAUGGACCAAUCUCCUCCCCCUCGGUGCCGGCUUCAUGGAAGUCUCGGAGUACACCUCGCACACGCUCCCCCCUCCAAUGCACUUCCCUGAAGCCCCCGGCAAAGAAGUCUUCUCCCUCGCCGUCUUCCACGAGCUGCACUGUUUAAUGCACAUCGCCGCCUCCAUGGAUGACCUCGUCAUGCAGAUCCGCAGAAAAGAUUUCGAGCUCGAUGAAAGUUUCCUGUUACACAACGACCAUUGCUUCGAUUAUAUACGGAAUGCUAUCAUGUGCUUUGGAGAUACGACGCUGGAGGGACAGACCAGGACGCCCGGACUCGAGCAUGUGCCGGGCACAGAUGGGACGGGGGCGAUUCAUGUUUGUCGGAAUUUUGAUGAGGUUUCGGCGUAUGCAGAGGAAAAGAGGUUGAAUGAGGGCAGGGAACAUUUAUGA